UUUCUGGGACAACAGCUUCUAGAAUCUUGUGUUAACUAGUUAUCAUUUUAGCACAUCUGAUAGUCAGUAGGUCAGGGAAAACUCACAAGACACCCCCCCUCUUUUUAUAGCACCUUUAAGCUCACUUUUCUGCCAAAUCAAUUCAUGACAAUUUUUAAAAUAGAACAUAGAUGCAACUAACUUCUACUUGAGAGGGAGGACCUUUUGUAUCUCUCCAAUAUCUAACAGUAGAUUUUCUGCUUCUCCCUACCUUUGUCUUCCCAUAGAGAUGCCCUGUAUCCAAACACAAUAUGGGACCUCGCUUCAGAAUGGAGGGUCCUGCGAGCGCUACCCAGCAGACUUCUUGACCCCUGAGUUUGGCAAACCCAUCAUGGACCUGGUCAAUACCGAGAUCUCUGCUGCCACUACUACUCUGCCCAGCUUUAGCACCUUCAUGGACAAUUAUACAGGCGAAUUUGACGCUUUCCUCUAUCAGAUUCCAGCUGCGAACCCCAAUACCACAUCCUUCAAGCUGGAAGAUUUCCAAGUAUAUGGUUGUUAUCCUGGUCCUUUCAGCAGUCAGUUGGAUGAGACCAUGUCCUCAAGUGGCUCAGACUAUUAUGGCAGUCCAUGCUCAGUCCCUUCCCCUUCCACACCAAGUUUCCAGACUUCCCAAGGUCCAACUUGGGAGAACUCCUUUGGAAGCUAUUCCCCCACUCAUACCUAUGAGGGCAUGAGGCCUUGGGUGGCGGCAGCAGCAGCAGCAGCAGCAGCAGCAGCAGAGCCUCCCAAGAGUAGUUCUACUCAACCAUCUUAUUUUUCCUUUGGCCUUUCGGCUCACAGCCCUGGAGUCCCACCCCAGAGUCCACUGAAGAUGCAACCGACGACCCACCAGCAUUUGGUGGAUGGAGAAGUCUUUUCACUCCCACAAACCUCCUCUUCAGUCCAUUUUUCUCCUUUGCCGCUCAGCCAGGCCUCACCGGGCCUAGAUGGAUCUGGCCUGAUGGACAGUUCCCUCUCUCCAACAAAGACACGCAGCCCUGGAUCCAAUGAAGGGCGCUGUGCUGUGUGUGGGGACAACGCUUCAUGCCAACACUAUGGUGUCCGGACCUGUGAGGGCUGCAAGGGCUUUUUCAAGCGCACAGUACAGAAGAAUGCCAAAUAUAUCUGCUUAGCCAACAAAGAUUGCCCUGUGGACAAGCGGCGGAGAAACCGGUGCCAGUUUUGUCGGUUCCAGAAGUGCCUUGCUGUGGGAAUGGUCAAAGAAGUGGUGCGGACCGAUAGCCUGAAAGGCCGACGUGGCCGGCUGCCCUCCAAGCCCAAACAAGCUCAAGAUAUUUCACCGGUCAGCCUCAUCUCCUCUCUUGUGAGAGCACACAUAGAUUCUGUACCCAGCGCUACCAAACUUGACUAUUCCAAGUUCCAGGAAUCUGUCUCCUAUCAGUUUGAGAAGGAGGACUGUGUGGAUGUGCAGCUGUUCUAUGACCUAUUAACGGGCUCGAUGGAUGUGAUCCGGAAAUGGGCAGACAAGAUUCAGGGCUUCCUAGAGCUUCCGAAAGAAGACCAGGACCUGCUUUUGGAAUCUGCAUUUUUAGAGCUCUUCAUUCUACGGCUAGCAUACAGAUCCAAGCCAGAAGAAGGCAAACUUAUCUUCUGUAAUGGUGUUGUGCUGCAUCGUGUGCAGUGUGUCCGGGGUUUUGGGGAAUGGAUAGAUUCCAUCAUAGAAUUUUCCCAGAACCUCCACCGCAUGAACAUUGAUGUGCCCUCCUUCUCCUGUCUUGCAGCACUUGUCAUAAUUACAGAUCGCCAUGGGCUGAAGGAGCCAAAGAAGGUUGAAGACCUCCAGAAUCGCAUUGUCAAUUGCCUUAAGGACCACGUGACUUCCACCACCAGUGAGCAGGUACAGCCCAAUUGCCUCUCAAAAUUAUUGGGCAAACUUCCUGAGCUCCGCACCCUUUGCACUCAAGGCCUACAGCGCAUCUUCUAUUUGAAGCUAGAAGACCUGGUGCCCCCUCCUCCAAUUGUGGAUAAAAUAUUCAUGGACACACUGCCAUUCUGAGGACAAGGUGGAAGGAAGCCACCGCCAUGAACCAAAUGGUGCUUUCUUUGGGGGAGAGUGGCUUUGUUUGGGUUUCUCCUCAUUCUGCCUCCUGCUACCACCACCACC